GUAAACACGUGAAACGGAACGGAGCUAACAAAAAUGACAGAUGAUGCAAUAACAAACGUCAGUUCAUUUUGACAAGUAGCGUGAGCCUGUGUCACGCAGUAGUAUUACAGUUUGUAACACUUUCACUAAACAAUCUUGUAUUAAAUUCGCCUUAAAAUCAAUGGUGUUUUUAUAAAUCGCCAAACUCAGUUACCUUCGGACUUUCUGGCAGUAAUCAACGACGUCUAACAUCGGCUCUGACCUCAAAUUAGUACACAACGUGCGAUGCUCCCGAUCGGAGUCUCUAAUAUGGACCUAAUAGACAUAGCGGGGGUCUUACGUGAAUCGGAACAGGUACUAAGACAGUGUUUCACAAAAUACCAAAUAGACGAAGUGUUUCUCUCUUUCAACGGCGGAAAAGACUGCACAGUGCUCUUAGAUAUAACUUUAAACGUUUUACGUGAUAUUUACAAAAGGGACGACAUUGCCAGUGAAUUAAAAGUUGUGUAUAUUCGGACUAAUGGACCGUUCAGGGAAAUCGAGACCUUCGUGGAUCAGAUUAAAGAACAUUAUGGUGUGACACUGUUGGUGACGGAAGGUGAAAUGAAGAAUACGCUGCAAAGGCUGUUGGAUCAGGACGAGAAACUAAAGGCCGUCCUCAUGGGGACGCGGCGAACAGACCCUUACAGCGAGAAUUUAGAGUUUAUGCAGAAAACAGAUUCCCACUGGCCUCAGAUAGUGCGCGUGUCUCCCUUACUGAACUGGAGUUAUCACCACAUCUGGAGCUAUACACUUCAGAGACGAGUGCCUUAUUGCAGCUUAUACGAUAGAGGAUACACAUCAAUCGGCAGCAUACACAACACAUGGCCAAACCCCGCACUAGCGACAAAAGACAACUGUGGCUGUAUAACGUACUUACCGGCGUGGCACCUAACCGACGCUUCUCUAGAACGGGCGGGCCGGGGCUCUGCACCGAAGGCACCCGUCAAUGGACACGCAACUUAUAGCAAUCACAUAAACGGUAUUGAAAACAAUCAUAUGAAUGGCAUAGACAGUACUCACAAGAGUAGUAGCGACCAUAUACAUCCGUCGCGCGUGUAACACAGGAUGUUACAAAUAGUUACUAAUUGUUUCUGGCAUUGAUGCAAACUCGGUAACAAAAACAACAAGAACUCGGUGCAAAGUUCUAGUGCAUUGUAUAUGAUGUUGAUGUGAUACUUUCCCUCCUAUAGACAAAUGGCUUUUAUUCGAAUCGAAAUGAAUAGGUGUGUGUCAUGCAUGACAAUGACAUUGACUUUGACAGAUUUUAUGAUAUGUCAGUGUAGUUACU